UUUACCAUGGCUGUUACCUCUGCAAAGUUUAAAAGCGGUAGUGUCUCUGACUCACUUGUGAAUUCAGAAACCCUCGAUGCCUACAUCAAGGAUAUUGAUUUAACAACGCCUACACUUCUUGAAAUACUAGACUCGGAUUUUGAUGGAAUGUUAAGUGCUAGCAUAACAAGAUCAUUCAAUUUUGAUGAAGCAAUUCACAAUGUGCCAAUGGAUACUUCUUCAAAUGCUGAACUUCAAAGAAACAAUAAAUCAUCUGAAAAAUCAAAAAAUAAUGAAUCAGAGAAACCAAAAGUUAAAAGUGAGCCAGUGCAAUACACGCCAAUACAUGUGGCUGAACUGAUAACCAAACAUUCUGGAAAACAGUCCCCUAGAGAAAAUGUUAAAAUUUCCAAAUUCAAUGCUGACGAUGGACACCAUUCAGAUUAUGGUUUUGAGGGAUCAAAGAAAUAUCCUAGCAAGCCAGCCAAUAUAGGCUUAACAUUGCAAACACCAUCCUCAUCAUGUCAGAACAUCUCUAAAUACAUGAGUUCCCAGGACAUUCCAGACUGUCUUGAUGCUUCGUCUGCUUCUUCAAUUUGCUCAGAAAAUGAGUAUUGUCCAGUUUCAUCAUCGUCCUCUCCUCAUAUAAAACAACGCAGCUCUGAAUCAGACUCGCUACAAAAUAUGCCUGAAGGGAAGCGGUUUAAAGGAAUUUCCAAGAAGGAAGAUGAAUACAGGCGACGAAGAGAGAGAAACAACAUUGCUGUAAGGAAGAGCAGACAGAAAGCUAAACAGAGAAUUAUGCAAACUCAGGAAAGAGUUAUGGAGCUCAACGACGACAACGAUCGGUUGAGAGAGAAAUGCGAAAACCUGCAAAAGGAGCUGAACAUUCUGAAAGCUAUCGUUAACAGUGGUAACUUCAUCGCUCCAGAUGGAACGAUGUACAAAGUCAACGCUUCUCAACUAAUAACUGAUGUCCCUGGUUCAAGACUAAAAUGAAGACUGAUUCCAAACACUCAAUAUCACACAAAGAUGGUUUACCUACCAGGAUGUGAUGUACAGUUCUUGAUUACACUAAAAUAAAAUCACUGAAGUAAACCUAAAACAAACACUGACAAGCAAGUGAGGAGAUAUUAUGUGGGCUGCAGAAUGAAAAGACGGAAACUAUGUGAUCAAUUAAUCAAGGGUGAUUUGAAAUUUGUUUAAUGCUAUCCAGAUAUUAUAUAAUAAUCAACCCUGAACCUUGAUUUAACUGUUGAAUUACUGAUUUUUCAAUGUCGUAAAAUUUGUGCUAUGUGUGGAUGUGAUCUCAUGACAAUCAAACGUAUAGCGGGAAUUUCACUCAGUCUUAAUUGCAGAAUUAAUGUAUUGUAGUUAUAGAAGCUUAGAAUUAGAAAACUUUCUUGGAUUGAACCGAAACAGUUCAAAUAUAUUCACCGCUUAUAUUCGAAUUUAGGAACCUAAUCUGUUUUGUUUAAAUCUGUUAUUUAAUGAGUUCUCAUAUUAUGAGAGUAUUUUUACAGAAUAACAUACUAACCAAUACAAAAGAGAUGUAAUUCAAUCUUUUGUCGUGCAACCUUGGCCUAGGACAAUCAAAAGUAUUAGUUAUUUAAUCUAAGUGAAAAUUAGAUUAAACCACAUUCUGUGUUAAGAUUAAGACUUAGAUAAUAUUAUGUCGUUUCAAAACGUUUCAAUAUCUUCACAAGUUAAUCAGUUGGUAUUUCACUGGUCAUUUCACGAUAAGACUUUUUCGCUUUUUAACUCUUCAGAAUAUUUUAAUCAUUUUAGAGACUUCAAACGAUGAUUAUUUUUAGAUAUUGCAUACAAUUUGAUAUGUGGAUGUCUUUGGGUCAGCACAAUAUUUUUCUCUUGUCGAUUGAACUCUCAUUUUAUUUAAUCUAACUUAUUCUUUAAUUAAAUUAUUGAUGGGCAAAGUUUAACAACUAUUUAUUUGGGAAUUAAUCAGAUUUCAUUAAUAAUGACGUGCAUCAUGAUGAAGUACAAAUAAAGCUUUUGACCAGUAAUUUUAUUUCUUAAUUCACAUUCAGCUUUUUGAAUGAGUCAGGGAACAAACAAGUUAUUUAUUAAUCCAUUAGGUUACUUAUGAAUCACAUGGAUAACCAAUUAAUAUCCACCAGAUUGAACAUGGAUAUUUCGCUUUUUCUUGAGAUUAUUUUCAAUUUUCAUGCACCUUUAACUGUUGAUUC